GGUGGCCAUGCCUGGUGCAGUGGUGGGCGCGGGCCAGGUCAGGAUGGCCGGAUCCAUGCCAGGCAGAGGAGGCAAGAGGAGAUCUGGCGGAAUGGACUUUGACGAUGAGGACGGAGAAGGACCCAGCAAAUUCUCAAGGUAUGAUGAUGAUGAUGAGAUUCCUGCUGAUAAGGAGAGAUAUGCCAGGUAGGGCUAUUUUGUGAUGGUUGCAGAGGAUUGGUAGAGUUGAAGUGCCUUAGGAUACUGUCAGAGUCCUACGUGAGCUGGCAGGAUUCUGGCACGCUUCAGCAACCAGGCCAUAUCUCUCACACACGUACUCACACUGAGUAUUCACUCCAAUAGCUCAGAGAAUAAAAAAAAAAGAAAAAGGAAUUCAUUACCUCCCACUGAAGCAUAUAAAUUAUAGGGUGCUUUGAACUGCUCAAAGGUGGGGAGGUAGUGUUAUAGGCAUGAAAAGGGCUUUUCUGUCUCUCCUCUGUCGUCGACUGUGCUUAUGCUUUUUAAAAAUUGUAGCACUAUGGCUAGGGUGACUUUCAGGAUUUCCAAUCCCCUUUGUGAAAAGAAUUGAGUGAAAGGGCUGUUUGAGUGUGAGGGGCUAUAUUCCAUUUCCCAUCUCCUGAGCAGCUCGUGUGUGUUGGUGUGAAUGGUCUGUUCUGUUUGUGUCCUGCAAUCCAAUGCAUAUUGACAAAUGUAUUGAAUGUACUUAUUUUUUGUCUUUAUAUCCUCAGAGAAUUACACACAAUACCAGCGAUGCAAGACAAUGCCCCCUCUACUCAGAAAAUGGAAAACCACAGCGAGAUUGAGCGCCGGCGCCGCAACAAGAUGACCCAGUACAUCACAGAGCUGUCGGACAUGGUGCCCACCUGCAGCGCCCUGGCGCGCAAGCCAGACAAGCUGACCAUCCUGCGCAUGGCCGUGUCCCACAUGAAGUCCAUGAGGGGGACGGGGAACACCUCCACCGAUGGAGCCUACAAACCCUCCUUCCUCACUGAGCAGGAGCUGAAGCACCUGAUCCUGGAGGCCGCGGACGGCUUCCUGUUUGUGGUGGCGGCGGAGACAGGCCGUGUGAUCUACGUGUCGGACUCGGUCACGCCCGUGCUGAACCACCCCCAGGCGGAGUGGCUGGGGAGCACGCUGUACGAGCAGGUGCACCCCGACGACGUGGACAAGCUCCGGGAGCAGCUCAGCACCUCGGAGAACUCCAUGACCGGUCGUAUCCUGGACCUGAAGACGGGCACGGUGAAGAAGGAAGGCCAGCAGUCCUCUAUGAGGAUGUGCAUGGGCUCCAGACGCUCCUUCAUCUGCAGAAUGAGGUGUGGGAACGCUCCUCUGGAUCACAUCUCUGUGAACCGCCUGUCCAACAUGAGGAAGAGAUACAGGAAUGGCUUAGGGCCUUCUAAAGAGGGUGAAGGGCAGUACUCUGUGGUUCACUGUACCGGCUACAUCAAAGCCUGGCCGCCAGCAGGCAUGACGAUACCUGACGAGGACGGUGAUGGCGGCUCAACCAGCAAGUACUGCCUGGUGGCGAUUGGAAGACUUCAGGUCACCAGCUCGCCCGUCUCCAUGGACAUGAACGGCCUGUCCGUCCCCACGGAGUUCCUCUCCCGCCACAACUCAGACGGCAUCAUCACCUUCGUGGACCCCCGCUGCAUCAACGUGAUUGGGUACCAGCCACAGGAUCUGCUUGGGAAAGAUAUUCUGGAAUUCUCCCACCCAGAGGACCAGAGCCACUUGCGGGAAAGCUUUCAGCAGGUGGUGAAGCUAAAAGGCCAGGUGCUGUCGGUGAUGUACCGCUUCCGCAUGAAGAACCGUGAGUGGAUGCUGAUCCGGACCAGCAGCUUCACCUUCCAGAACCCCUACUCGGACGAGAUCGAGUACAUCAUCUGCACCAACACCAACGUCAAGCAGCUCCAGCAGCAGCAGCAGGCCGAGCUGGAGGUCCAUCAGAGGGAAGGCCUGACCGCCUACGAUCUCUCCCAGGUGCCCGUCCCGAGUGUGCCCGCGGGCGUGCACGAGACCGGAAAGGCCAUUGACAAAACCGAGGCCAUGUUCUCCCAGGAGAGGGACCCCCGCUUCGCUGACAUGUACUCCGGGAUCUCUGGAUCUGAUAAGAAGAUGAUGGUCCCAUCAUCCACAGCAGGGAGCCAGCAGAUCUACUCCCAGGGAAGCCCCUUUCAGCCAGGCCACUCUGGAAAGAGCUUCAGCUCGUCGGUGAUCCACGUGCCGGGAGUCAACGACAUCCAACCGUCUGCGUCCGCCGGGCAGAACCUAGCCCAGAUCUCCAGACAGCUCAAUCCCGGCCAGGUGUCCUGGACAGGGAACAGACCUCCUUUCUCAGGCCAGCAACUCCCUGCACAGUCUAGCAAGGCCCAGUCAUCUCCGUUUGGCAUCGGCUCCAGCCACAGCUACCAGGCUGACCCGUCCUCCUACAGCCCUCUGUCCAGCCCGGCCACAUCCUCCCCCAGUGGCAAUGCCUACUCCAACCUGGCCAAUCGCAGCACAGCCUUCGAUGUGGCGGCAGAGGGCAACCAGAGUGGAGGGCAGUUCCAGGGCCGGCCGUCGGAGGUGUGGUCCCAGUGGCAGAGCCAGCACCACGGGCAGCAAGGGGGAGAGCAGCACCCCCACCCCCAGCCCAGCCAGACGGAGGUGUUUCAGGAUAUGUUGCCAAUGGCCGGAGAUCCCACACAGGGCACAGCCAAUUACAACAUUGAAGAUUUUGCAGACUUGGGCAUGUUCCCUCCAUUUUCUGAGUAAGGAUUGGGGUCCAGGCGAACAGAACUCUGCGCUUUUCUUCGUUUGUUUGUUCGAUUUACCUUUUUUUUUUUUUUUUUUGUUGUGUGUGGCUCUCAUCUCAUGUCAUGUCAACUCACCAGUAAAGUUAACAGCACUCCUCAGCAGGGAUGUGUGGAUGCAUCCCCUGGUCUUCACCUCUUCACCCUGCAGGCACUGAGGCUGGAUCUCUCAACUCACACACCCACACAGGGACACUCAGGCACUCACUCUCUCUUUCUCUCUCCCCCUCUCCCCCUCUCCUGAGGGCUAUCUCAGUGGCAAAGAUGGCUAUUUCACAGAUAUAGUCAACAGAUGCCAUUUUUUUUUUUUUUAUAUGUAUGUUCACAUAUAUUUGAUGGCUACUUCUCAGAGUCUUUAUAUGGAAAAGAAGGGAAUUUUCCAUUGGUAUUUUUUUUUUCCAUGCACUUCACUUUAACGUUGCCAAACCUUGCCAGGCUCAGUGACACAGGACAUGCUGAUCUAGGUCUCCCUCCGCAGCACCAGCACACGUGACUCUUCUCGUGUCAAAAGAUAUCGUACCAUAUAUGUAGUGAUGUCCAUAACCUAGCUAAACUAAUAACAGUGUAGAAGAAAUCUCGUGUAAAAUUUCCACACAAAAAAAAUGAAAAUUGAAAAAAAAUGAAAAGGAUACAUAAAGGUAACUGAUACAAAAUGACAAAAUUAACAUUUUCAAAGAAGUCGCAAAACAUUACAGCUUGAAGUGCACUUCAUUUAAGCUAAUAUCACCAGCCUCCAGUGUUUUCGGAAAGGAGAACCGCCAUACAGUCAAAGCGUUGCGCAAUAUGUAUUCUUGUGGCUGCCGCAAUUAUUUGUUACUUUUACCUUUUCAAGUAAUAACAUAGACUUUAUGGUCUAAUACUUUUACAUGAAAGAUUGUAUUAUGUCGCAGAGAGUCUAAUGGGAGGACGUUGAAGUGAAGAAAAUUCUUUUGCUAAAUCAAAAUGAUGUUUUUUGUAAAUAAUGUGAUUUAGAUUUUUUUUGGGUCAAAUUGUGUUUUCUUUCACAUACACAGCAAAUAUACAUAUUUGUGUAGGUUUAAUUUCAUUGUGUGUAAUGUGAGUGGUACAUAUUUAACUAUUGGUAUUUAGUUAGCUUGUUAAUUGUACAUUGCGUUUAGACUUGUAUAAAUUGUGUAAAUGUGCUCCAUUAUUUUUGUGUAACUUUAAACAAAACUGUGCUUGUGACAAUAAAUUUUCAUUGGUUAUGUGGCUUUGAAAAUAA